GCCACCAGCUAACACCGCCGUGCUAACGAAAAGAUGUCGGAUACUGCGGAGUCACCGACGGAGCCGCAGAAAGAGGAGCCGCAGAAAGAGGAGCCACCGCCUCCGGCAGAAGAGUCAGCGACGAGCGAGGACAAGAAAAAGAUCGAUGUGCUGUUGAAGGCCGUGGGAGACACUCCUAUCAUGAAAACAAAGAAGUGGGCAGUGGAGCGGGGGAGGACGGUGCAGUCCCUGUCACAGUUCAUCACUCGUUUCCUGAAGCUUGAUGCCACUGAACAACUGUUCAUCUAUGUUAAUCAGUCUUUUGCACCCUCACCGGAUCAAGACGUAGGAAUCCUUUUUGAUUGUUUUGGUAGCGAUGGAAAACUGGUUCUACAUUACUGUAAAUCUCAAGCCUGGGGUUAAACUCCCUUUCCACUUUUUUUAUUUUUUUUUACCUCUCCUCUCUCUAAUUCAUCCUCCAAACCUGCACACUGAUACUUUGGCUUCUUGGCCAUUUGUUUUCAUUCGAGCUUUGUGUAUAUACAUACUGUAAAUAAAUUAUUGUGACAACUCAAA